AUGGCCCAAAUGGAAAUUGUCCUCCAUGAUGCUUUUGAACAGGUGUGUUCAUUUCUACAUAUCCUGCUUUAGCGAAAUUAUCACGUUGGAGUCUAUGCUUGAGAUAUAGGUUCAAGGAUAUGAAGGCUUUGAAGUCAAUCGAUAUUGGGAGAGACUGAAACAAGAGAUCUUGCUGAAAGUUGUGAAUCUCAAUUUUGAAGUAUGUUUUAACUUUAGACGAAAUUUCCAAGGGCUUAACUAAUUUUAUAUUACAUCAGAGUCGUCUCCAUCUAUUUCAAGCUUCAACUGCUGCAUACGGAGAUUUCACAUCCGCUGAACUCCCAUAA